GAAAAAAAAAAUAGAGUAGAAGGGAAGAAAAGGGGUUUUGGCUUUGGGUCUUCUCCAGCUCAAGCUCGCGUCUCUCUCCGAAAUUUUAAACCCUAAGCUGUCCUCUCUUUCAGUUAGGCGUCGUUUGAUUAGAUCAAGAGAAAGCUUUUCAAGGCCUUGACUUGUUCAUUAUAGGAAUUCUCAUCACUGUUUAUUUCCCGAGAUUUGAAUAUAGAGCGAUCCAAUAAAGCUUUGAAUUGCGUGCUUUGGUGAGCAAAAUUUAAAAUUUUAUUCUUCUAGAGUUUGAUUUUUCAUGAUUAGAGCAACUGAGCUGGUUCAGAGGAGAGUACUGUAGUUUUCCGGAUUGUAAAGUAGACUUUUCUUUGGAGAUAGAGAAGGAAGCAGAGAGAGAUGGGGACGGGUUCGAAAUUGGAAGGGACAUCGGCACCGGCAACAAGGCGAGACCCCUACGAGGUUUUGUGCGUUUCGAGGGAUUCAAAUGAUCAGGAAAUUAAAACCGCCUAUAGAAAGCUUGCUCUCAAGUAUCAUCCAGACAAGAAUGCCAGCAAUCCUGAAGCUUCAGAGCAUUUCAAGGAGGUUGCAUUUUCUUAUAGUAUCUUGUCUGACCCUGAGAAGAGGAGGCAGUAUGACAAUGCAGGGUUUGAGGCAAUUGAUGCUGAUGCCAUGGACAUGGAAAUUGACUUGUCAAAUCUGGGAACUGUCAAUACAAUGUUUGCCGCUUUAUUCAGCAAGUUGGGUGUGCCUAUCAAGACUACAAUUUCCGCUAAUGUACUUGAAGAGGCUCUUAGUGGUACAGUAACAGUCAGACCUCUCCCAAUUGGGACAUCAGUUAGUGGAAAGGUGGAGAAACAGUGUGCCCACUUUUUUGGUGUUACAAUCAAUGAGCAGCAAGCCGAGUCGGGGAUUGUAGUAAGAGUAACUUCAACUGCACAAAGCAAAUUUAAGUUACUUUAUUUUGAACAAGAUGCCAAUGGUGGUUAUGGUUUGGCCUUACAGGAAGAUAGUGAGAAGACGGGCAAAGCAACAUCUGCAGGGAUGUAUUUUCUGCAUUUUCAAGUAUAUAGAAUGGAUUCAACUUUGAAUGCGUUGGCCAUGGCAAAGGACCCUGAAGCUGCUUUUUUCAAGAGGUUGGAAGGUCUUCAACCUUGUGAGGUCUCAGAACUAAAAGCUGGCACUCAUAUAUUCGCUGUUUAUGGAGAUAAUUUUUUUAAGACUGCUACCUAUACAAUCGAGGCACUUUGUGUAAAAUCAUAUGAGGAUACGACGCAGAAGCUUAAAGAGAUUGAGGGUCAGAUUUUAAGAAAGAGAAAUGAGCUUCGCCAAUUUGAAACAGAGUACAGGAAGGCAUUGGCGCGCUUUCAAGAAGUGACCAACAGAUACACCCAGGAAAAGCUAUCUGUGGAUGAGCUGCUGAAACAGCGAGACAGUAUCCAUUCUUCUUUCACUAUCACCAAGACAAUCAAUAAUAGUGUGGGUGGUAGCGGUUUGAGUAAUGGUAGCAGUAGCAAAAAUCCUGGCGAAGAUUCAAAUGCUGAGAGCCCAGGGGAAGAUGGAGGCUCUGACGGGAAGGACAAGUCAGGCAAAAAGAAAUGGUUCAAUCUUAACCUCAAAGGAUCAGAUAAAAAACUUGGCUGAAAAGAUGUCUGGAUUAUUUAUUUAUUUUUAUUAUUUGAGAGGUUUCAAUAUCCAUCCACGCCUGUUGCUUGCAUAGAGGCUUGUCUUGUUUCGACCAAAAAAAGAGGCUUGUCUUGUGUUUCUUUGAAUUUUUUAUUUCUCUAAUAGGUUGCCCCCAUUGUUAUUCUUAGUGUUCUGUUGUAAUUUGCUUCUGUAAAACGUGGCAGUUAGAAAAUGCAUUUGUAUAAAUAUCAUAAUAUUCAAAUUUCUCAUGAA